UCAGUGAUACAGACAUCUAUAUGUAACUCUAAAGACAAUACAGAAGUUCACCUUUUUGAUGGAACACAACUUUAUCUUUUAUCUUAGUUUCACAUUAUUUGGAAAUCAGUCAUUAUUCUGUGGGAAAAUUUGAGUGCAAAAGGAAGCCCUGGAAAUGUUUGAUAGGACAGUACAUGAAUCUGUGUGUUAAGUGAUAUGAUAGUUACAACAUGGAUCCUAUAUAUACAUAGGAAUAUUUUAUCUCAGCUUUUACAGACUGUUUAUUGUUACAUAAUAUACAAGAUGGGUUCUUGUGUGUGCAAAGAAAAACAUGUGAACCAAGGAGCUAUACGACAAACGGAAAGUAGUCAUUUAAGCCAGGGUCAGAGGUCACAAAGAGGAGGAACAUCAUCGGGGAGAAGAGGUAUUUCCUCACAUUCCAAUUCCCGUAGUUCUUCCAGAAGAUGCGCAAAUGUGGAUUCCCUAGUUCUAGAAACUCUAUCACUCAUUAGGACACUGGUGGACAAUGACCAGGGACCUCCCCAGGCUAUGUUGCUGUUGCAUCGUGUUGCAGAGGCUGAGGAUGGGUGGCUUGAUGUUGUCAAGUCUUUAGUGGUUUCCAUUCCUCUAGAUGAUCCCCUUGGUCCAGCGGUGGUCACUCUGCUGUUGGAUGAGUGUCCCCUACCCACAAAGGAUGCUAUUUUACUCCUGUACAAAAAUUUGAAGUUGAUGCCCAAUAGUUCAGCCAAAGAAUACAGUUCUGUCAGCUGUCAAAGAAAUAUUGGCGUUGUGUUAGGAUGUCUAGCAGAAAAAAUGGCAGGUCCAAAUGCAAUUGAUAUUCUGACAGAAGAUGUUCUCAAGUACCUCUUGUCAAACCUGAAUGACAAACUUGAGCCAGCUGUGAUUCUACAUGCCUUGGUGGCACUGGAAAAGUUUGCCCAAACUAGUGAAAAUAAAACAACUAUAAAUAAAAGUUUACGAGAAUGUGACCCUAAUCCCUUAGAAAUCCUUGAAAAAUGGUGGCGCCAUGAAAAAUACAGCCUGCGGGAAGUUGGUUUCUGUGCCCGGUGGUGUCUUGAUAACUUAUUUGUGACUGAGAAUCGUGAAUUUUCCUACACAAAGGAAGAUUUAAAGAAUAUUAAUGUGAUGUUGAAUAGUAAAGAUGUUAGUGAAUACCUGAAAAUUUCUCCUGAUGGCUUAGAGGCCAGAUGUGAUGCUUCUUCCUUUGAAAGUGUUCGAUGCACAUUCCAGGUGAAUUCUGGGAUAUGGUAUUAUGAGGUCACCCUUUUAACAGAUGGGGUGAUGCAGAUUGGAUGGGCAACAAAAUCCAGCAGUUUUCUAAACCAUGAAGGUUAUGGUAUUGGAGAUGAUGAGUAUUCCAUUUCAUAUGAUGGAUGUCGUCAGCUAAUAUGGUUCAAGUCCGAGAGUCGACCAAUAACACUGCCUUGUUGGAAAGCUGGUGACACUCUUGGACUACUACUCAACGUAGAGAAGCAAGAACUGGUGUUUUAUCUGAAUGGGGAGGGACUACCGCCCAACAAUGAAUUAUUCCAGCAUGCAAGAGAGGGUUUCUUUGCUGCUGCUAGUUUUAUGUCCUACCAACAGUGCUAUUUUAAUUUUGGGGCCAAACCUUACAGAUAUCCCCCUAAGGACAUCGCAUUUAAAAGCUUUAAUGAUUAUGGGCAUUUGUCUGAGGAGGAAAAAGUCAUACUCCCAAGACAUAUGAAAUUAGAACUGCUGAAGAAUUUAAAUGUCAAAGAAGGGGCCUGCACGCUUUGUUUUGAUCAGCUGGCUAAUUACUAUCUGUCUCCAUGUAAUCACAGGGGCUUCUGCUAUCAGUGUACCCUCCAGAUUGAACUGUGUCCUAUAUGCCGAACAAAAAUUGAUGAGAGAAUUCAGGAAAACGUUACAGAAGAGAACAGCAAAUCCACACAGACCUCUAGCACAACCCAGGUCACUGACGUGUCAGUGAAUAGUGACCUGACUGAAAAGACUAAACUGGCCGCCAACGGCCAGACAGGAGGACAAGCAGGUGACAGUAAAGAAGGCUCCGAUCACAUCUCAUAGCCAAGGCUUCCCCCGGGGUCAGGCCUGAUGCAGUAUUGAACCCCAACUAUUUUAUCACCUCACACUUUUAAAGAGAAUCAAAUUUGUUUUAUUUUGUGUUAUGAAAAGUACACCAAGUAGAAGACAUUAUUUUUAACUAUUAGUAAAUAAAAAGUUUUCUGUAUGGUUUUUUUCCUUAACAAUUUUUUAACUUAUGAUGUGAGCUGAUUUUUUUUUGUUGUUGUUGGUGUGUUGGGGGUGGAAAUGAGGUGGGGGGUUUUGAUUGUAGCUGUCAUCAGAUUUCCGGGAUAUUGAUGUUAAGUUUCUCUGUAAGACGUUGAUUUUGUUAUUUUUCUGAAGUGAAUUUAUUGUGUGCAUUAAAGAAAUUCUUUUACCUUAAGAAGCAUUUUUUCCCAAGAAGCACAUAUGUAAUUGAUACGUAAAAGAAUUUGUUUGAAAGGUUUUUUUUAAUUUUCUCUCUCUCUCCAUGAAUACAAUUAAUACAAGCAGUAAAAGGAAAAUUAAAAAUAAAAUCAUGUUUCUUAAAUUACACUCAAAUUGUAAACUGGGAGACGUAUAUCCCUGCAUCUGCAUCAUGAACAGUGAACACCGAAUUAAGUAGAUUACUUUUUGCCAAAGAAAACAUCUCAAAUUUACUAGUUAUUCUAAUUUUCUCAGAUAUCUUGCAGACAUUCGAAAAUAUUCCUGGAUUUGUAUCUUCAAAAGGAUCCAUCUUACGGUAAUACCAAAGACUUCCUGAGUGUCUCAAAAAGUUCAGGAACAAGAAUUAGAGAUAAGCUGGCAACAAAAGUGCACAUAUUAUCAAAAUUUUUUUUCUCCCUUUGUAGAACUGAAUUUUUUCAAUUUGUUUACAUUUUUCUUUGCGGAUCAUGACAACCAAUCAAAUACUGCACAGAUCCCAACAACCAAUCAAAUGCAUGCUAGGGUUUCACUGUGUGAGAGUGAUACAGCAACAAUGGAAGAAAUGCUUAUUUUUAAAUGAAGAUGUGAUUUUAAUCUAAGAAUUGAAUUAUUUAUGGAAUUAAUUAAUAUUGAAGCCUUAUCUCUGAUUCUCCUAGACUUUCAAUACUUUUACACAGUGAAGUGUACAAAACUAUUGUCACAGUAGUUAGAUUAUUGUUUCAGUACAAUGAUAUAAAAUAGAUGUUAGCUUAUUUACUGUAAACUUCAAUUUGCUUUAUUUAUAUUGCAGCUUAUUAACCUAAGAUAACCGUUUUUUGAGUACUAAUUACACACUUGUGAUCAGCAACUGAAGUUAUUGUACACCUGUUUGUUACAUUACCUGUAACAGCAGAUUAUGUUACCUGUACAUGUAAUACAUUACCUGUAACAGCAGAUUAUAUUAGCUGUACAUGUAAUACAUUACCUGUAACAGCAGAUUACAUUACCUGUACAUGUAAUACAUUACCUGUAACAGCAGAUUAUAUUAGCUGUACAUGUAAUACAUUACCUGUAACAGCAGAUUACAUUAGCUGUACAUGUAAUACAUUACCUGUAACAGCAGAUUACAUUACCUGUACAUGUAAUACAUUAGCUGUAACAGCAGAUUACAUUACAUAUAAUACAUUAGCUGUAACAGCAGAUUACAUUACCUGUACAUGUAAUACAUUAGCUGUAACAGCAGAUUACAUUACAUGUACAUGUAAUACAUUACCUGUAACAGCAGAUUACAUAACCUGUACAUGUAAUACAUUACCUGUAACAGCAGAUUACAUAACCUGUACAUGUAAUACAUUACCUGUAACAGCAGAUUACAUAACCUGUACAUGUAAUACAUUAUCUGUAACACCUGUCUCUCUAGUUAUGAUUGAUUUACAAACCUGUAUCUCUUUAGUCAUCUAAUGGAGAGUGAUUACAGUAUAUAAUACUAAGUAAAUGGUUGAUGCAGUGUAAACUCAAAAGAAAGAUUGAUAAUUGGGAUGUUUUUCCAAACUGCCAUAGUUAGAAUAUAUAAAUCAAACCUUGGUUGUUAAUUCAGUGAAUAUUGUGAUUAUUUGAAAAAUUCAUUGCAGCACAAUUAGUUAACAAACUGAUCUAGUUAUCUUUUUGGCUUGUAUUUAGUUGUCUUGUAUGACACUGAAUGAGAUUUCUUAAAAGGCUUGUACAAAACAGUCACAUAUUUCAAUUUUUUUUGGAUUUUUUUUUCAUGUCCAUUAUGCUUUAAAGGUAUUAUCUUUAUCUUUGAGUAAGUUAAGCUAGAGAGAGCCUUGUGAAUAUUUUUUUAUUUACAUUCAAGCUGUGAUAUUUCUUAUUAAGUUACAUUAUUGUAGUUUUAUAUUAUUGUGAGACCUCUUAACUGUUCAUACAAGAAAUUCUGGAGGACAUCUCUUUGUUAAAUACCAAAAAUACUUAUAAUCAUUGUUUUCUUCUGAUUUCUGAACUUUUUUCAAAGUGUCUGAAAAAGAUAUAUAAACUAAAAAGGGUGAUAUCAGCAAUUCAAGUGAUUUCCAGUGAAAUUAUAUAGGAUUCAAAUUCUUAGGAAAAAUCAUAUAUUUUUAAGGAACUUAUCUUCUGACCUUAAAUCACAGAAAUGCACCACUCUUUUCUCUAUUUUUUGUUUGAUUCAGUGCCAACAACAUAUUCAAAGUGUGGUCUCCUCUUAAAUUAAAAUAUUUUUUCAUGUGCAAGAAAAACAUUUAUAUGUUUUAUUUCAACAUUAAAUUUAUUAAAUUAAGCUUUGGUGUUGACAAUAUUCAGAACAAAACUGUUGUACGAAUUGUAUCAAGAGAGACAACUCUUACUUCAAGUCCCCUGUAUGAUUUACCUGCUGCAGUUCUCUCUCUUUAGGCUGUGCUUACUGUUUGAUUGUACUUGCAUUAAUUAAGGUAAAGUAUUUGAUGAGGUCUGAACUUAAAAUGGUCUCUCUCUCUCAUGUAAAGAUUUUGUUCUAGUGCAGGACCUUUAUCUUGCAUAUUUGAUUAAUUUUUUGUCUUUUUUUCCAUGUUAAUCCAUAGAGCCCUCUUAGAUUCAGAAACAGAUCCUAACAAAUGUAACUCGGCACAAUGCUGCAUCAUUUUUUUGCUACAUCAUUAAAGGUCUAGUAUCUUUGAGCAGAUACCUUUUUUAAUUCUGCUGCGACAGGUGUAUAAUUUAUACCUGGUAUUUUGAGGGCUUUCAUAAUUAUAAAAUUGUUGUCUUUGGUACACAGUUGAAUUAUUAUUCAAACCAUGCAUAAAGUGUUACAUCUUGUUUUAUAUUAGACAUAAUCAGUUUUUUUUCCAAUAAUCUUAAUUAAAAUACAAAUACUUGAAGUGA